AUGAAAAUUGAAAAAGUUGUUGAAUUUAACAAAUGGAUGAGAUAUUCAUCGAUUGGUGUUAUGAUUAUAUGUUCCCUUUUGCUACUUUACAUUGAAUGUAGUAAUUAUUUCUAUUCUUCAUCACUCCAUCCUCUAGACAUUGGAAUAGAAUCGAUCAAGAGUACCAAACCUCGUUUUAUUCAUCUCAAGAAAGAUAAAAUCGAUACCUCAAAGAUACCUUCUUUCGAUCAAAAUCUUGAUAUCAAUAAUAAUCUGCAACAACAACAAAACCAAGAUUCUUCAUUGUAUUCGUGGUUAUGGAGAUCAUCAAAGUUAAUCAAUGAUGAUCGUCCACUAUCAACAGCAUCAUUUCCAACAACCUCUUCAGAUUCACCACCACCACUCUUUUAUAAAGAACAACAAUUCAAUCAAUACAUAGUACAAUUCCAUGAUACUAUUUCCAAAGAUAUACGUAAAAGAUUGGAUAUGGUUCUACAAGAGGUAGAGGGAUCAAUGAUACUCUUUUAUAUUCCAGAUGACUCUUUUCAUAUUGUUAUGACUUCAAGACAGGCUGAAAAGCUUCGUCUUCGUCUUUGGGUAUCUUGGAUCGGUCGGUACGAUGCUCAUCACAAGGUUCACAUGUCUACCUUUAAUCCCACCACACCUUUACUUGCUCGUGAUCAUCCAUCAUCAUCUGUCAUUAUUCAAUUGGUAGAGAAUGGAUUAUUCAACACUCGUCAAGCAGUCGAUGCUUUUGUUGAAUCAUGGAGCAAUGCUAUCAAUCAUCUCUUGUUGGCAACUAAAAAGGCCAAGAUUAGUAUAGUCGUUCCAGACUCUUAUAUUACCCCCUCCUCGAAUACUCUUCAACAACAACAAACAUCAAGAUUUGUUUCAAAGUUGGUUGCCAAAGUCGAGUGUCUCGAUCAGCAACACUGCAAUAUCGACGAAAGUGAAAAGUUGGCAUACGAUUGGAUAUCUGGACAAGUAGAAUGUCUAUUUCUAGAGAGAAAGGGAGUCCACCAAACCUCCAACAAGUAUGCACCAACCAUCAUGUUUUCUCGUGUCAAUGAUUCAUUGUUGCCCCCCAAUGACCUUUCCAAGAUCCCUCUUCGUGGAUCCGGUCAAAUCAUCGGAUGUUCAGAUACCGGUCUCGAUAUGAGUCAUUGUUUCUUUAGUGAUCCCGCAGAGCCACUUCCAUCACCUGUCGUAAAUCUUAAACAUCGAAAGGUUGUAGCUCUAUUUAAUUAUCAAAAUGAUAAUACAGAUGAUAUUGAUGGUCAUGGUACACAUGUUGUUGGAUCAAUGGUUGGUUUAACAUCUACACCAUCAGAUGUGAUAAAUGAGUACAGAGGUACAGCAUUUGAUGCCAAAGUAGCUUUUGCAGAUAUCUCCUCUCCAAAUGGAGGAGCACCCACCCCACCGGUCAACAUUGGUGAUAUGUAUCAAGCUAUUUAUGAUGCUGGUGCUCGUGUCCAGGGUGAUUCCUGGGGAUCUGUUAGCACAGCUGGUUAUGAUGGCUCAUAUAGUAUUGCUUCAAGUGAUAUUGAUCGAUUUAUUCAAAACCAUCCAGACUUUUUAAUUUGUAGAGCAGCAGGUAAUAAUGGACAACCCAUGUCUUUAUUAUCACAAUCAGUAGCAAAAAAUGUUUUAACGGUUGGAGCUCAAAACAGUCGUUUUGAUAGUUUUCUACCAGCAGUAUCCAAUUUUAAAAGUUUCUCAGCAGAACAAAAUCAAGGAUUACAAACAGCAUGUCAAUUUGAUCAACAGUAUUGCAACUUUACCGAUGCACAGUGUUGCUCAGGACAAGCCACUGCUAGAGGGUUGGCUAAUUGUUGCUUGGCGAGCAUUAAAAGUCAAUUCAUUAGUGUAUUUGGCAAUGCAUCAUCUCAGAACAUUUUAAAUGAAAAUAAUAUUGCAACUUUUUCAUCAAAAGGACCUACCCACGAUGGUCGUAUCAAACCAGAUGUAGUAGCUCCCGGUUUCUUUGUUGUAUCUUCACGUAGUAAUGGUCCAAAUAAUGCUAAUCAAUGUGCAACCGGAGUUGCAAGCGAUGCACUACUUGCACUUGAAGGUACAAGUAUGUCGACACCCCAUGUGGCGGCAGCAGCAACCAUCCUCCGUCAAUACUUGGUUCAAGGUUAUUAUCCAACAGGUGAAGCCACACCCUCCAAUGCAUUUGUAUCACCCCCUGCGGCUUUGAUGAAGGCAUUUAUCAUUAAUUCUGCAACCAGAUUGAAUGGUACGAUGGAGGUUCCUGUUGAUUCCUCUCCAACUGGUCGUUCACCAAUGCCUACUCGUACUACAGUAACUGGUGCAUCCUAUGUCGAUGGAUGGGGAGCCGUCAAACUUGGCAACUUGCUAAAUUUCAAUUCACAACCAAACCCUUUGAAACCAUGGAUCUUAAUUGGUGGCCUAGGAGGAGAAGGUCAAUCAAUCCCUAGCUGGAGAGAGCCAGACAUCGAGUUUAACAAAACAGCAAGCUAUUGUGUCAAAUUUGUAACAAAGGAUCCCUCGAUUGUUGGUGACCCACAAAUCAGAGCAACUCUAGUGUGGACAGAUCCAGCUAGCAAUCCCGGAGCUUUUUACGAUUUGGUAAACAAUCUUGACCUAAGGGUGCAGCAUGGAAAUGUCAUCGAACUAGGAAAUCAAGGAGCCGAGUCUGUCACCGUGACUGGAGCCCUUGCCGACUCCAUCAACAACGUCGAGCAGAUUACAAUCACACCCACUCAGGAUGGUACCAUUUACAAAUACACUGUCAUUGGCAAAAAUAUUCCCAUUGGCCCACAAAAAUAUUCUAUUGUCAUUUCUGGUAUCAACGGUCAAUAUGAAACGAGCUAUUGUCCUCAGUGUGGAGCCGGUGAUAUUGGUGUGUGUACCGUGCCAAACGGAGAGGGUACUCAGAAAUGUAACUCCAAAACAUUAUUGUGGGACACGUGUAUUGUCAACAGUUGUGCAUCUGGUUACAACUAUAACUCUCUUACCAACUCUUGCUCUGCCUUUCUUUCCUACAAUUACAUUGUCAUCAUUGUGGCUGGAGCAACCAUGAUUCUUCUCUUUUCUAUCAUUGGUCUCAUCAAAUAUAUGGAGAGAAAAGAAAAAAGAAAUAGAAAAGAGGAUAUAGAAUGUCUAAAGAGUCACGAUGACAGUGACGAUGAAAGUGAUAUGGAAGAUGACGACGACGACGACAAGAAGAAGAAAAAGGAAGAGUCUGAAUUGGAUGGAACCACAGAUGGAAAUGAAAAACGUGUCAAUGAAAAAGGUGUUGAUAAUAUUAAUGGUGGAGACGGUGGCGGAGGAGGGGGUGGUGGUGACGCUAAUGGAGCAAUAAUAGUUGCGGGUGGGGCAACGGCAGCAAUCAUAGGUAAAAAGAAAAGAAAGAGUCAAGUAAGACGUAUUCAUGUAAAACACAAAAGCGAAAAGGCCAAAGUCACUAUCCCAGAUCUCUAUUCCCUCAUUUCGCCAUUCAUAUUCCGUCUAUUGAUUUCGGCCGCUUGUUCCCUCAUUUCAACAGCCGCUGCAAUCCUUCAACCAUUUUAUAUUGGUAACAUCAUUCAAGCCAUCCCAACUACCACCUCGAUCAAUGAUCUACGUGAACAAUUUAUCUAUAUUUUCUUGUUGGCUUUGGUAGAAUUUGUUUUUACAACUAUUAGUAGUUGGGUUUCUGGUAUAGUAAAUGAAUUAAUGUCUUUAAGUUUACAAGUAAAAGUAUUUAAAACAAUUAUGUUACAAGAGAUGGGAUUCUUUAGUAGAAACAAUGCUCCAACACUUAUCAAUGUAUUGAUUAUCGAUACACCAAUGCUUAGAUCAGCAUUGACAGGUAUACUGUUAACAUUUGCAACUGGUAUUUGUAAAUUUGUUGGUAGUUUGGUAUUCUUGUUCUCGAUCAGUUGGAAGUUGUCAUUGGCAUUUUUUGCAACCAUUCCAAUUCUUGCCAUCACCACCAAGAUACAAUCACAGUUUGCCAAGAGAUUGACUCGUCAAUUGUUAUUCUUUACCUCUAAACUCUCAAAAACUGGUAGUGAAGCAAUGGUCAAUGUUCAAGUUGUCCUAAACUACAACAAACAAGAGUCUGAAAUCAAAAGAUUUGACAAUAGCGCCAUGGACGUUUAUGAAACAGCAAGAAGUCUUAUUGUUGUAAAUACAUUUGCAGGAUCGGUCAAAUGGUUCUUGGUCGAGACAUUGGCAUUUAUCAUUCUCUAUUUUGGUGCCUAUCUCUCCAUUAGAAAGGAGUUCUCUGUCGGUCUAUUGGUUAGUUUUACUCUUUAUGUUGGUUAUGUCAUUGAAAGUUCACAAAGUCUCUUUGGUAUCUAUAUCAGUUAUGUUCAAUCUCUUGCCAGUGCUCAUAGAGUCUUCCUUAUUCUACGUAAUGUUCCUCGAAGAAGAAAGGAAAAGUAUAUCGAUCCAAGCCAGCUAAACGAUGGUACGUUUAUUAGUUCAACAACUCCAAGUCUGGUUGGACAACAAACGACACCGCCGCCCACAGCACUUGUUGGUGAUUCACCACCCUCUACAACACCCAACAGCGACGAUGUUUCCUCUGCCGCUGUGGUACCACCACCACCACAGACCGAUGACAAUAUUUCGCAAGUUCCACUCAGUAAAAAAGAGGAGAAACAAUUGGCAAAGCAGAGAGACAAGGCCAAAUACAAAGAGACUGGUAUUUCCAUUGUCGAGUUGCAAGAGCUUCCCAACACAUUUGUAAAGUUGAAGCGCGUCAAAGGAGAUAUCGAAUUCAAGAAUGUCUCGUUUAGAUAUCCAUCCAGACCCGAUGUUGUUGUUCUCAACAAUAUCACAUUGAAACUCGAACAAGGUAAAUGUUAUGGUCUAGUAGGUCCAAGUGGAUCAGGAAAAUCUACCUGUCUCGAAUUGAUGGCCAACUUUUAUCAAAUCAAUCAAGGUGAAAUUAUAUUGGAUGGACACAACACCAAGAUGAUAUCGCCAAUCGAUCUUAGAAAAUUCAUCACUGUUGUAAAUCAACAGCCAUUCCUCUUUGAUAGUACAGUGGCCGAGAAUAUUGGAUAUGCAUUGGACAAGCCAACUAGAGAAGAGAUUAUAGAGGCCAGCAAGAUGGCCAAUGCUCACGAAUUUAUUAUCGAUCUUCCAUUGGGAUACGACACUCAAUUGGGACAAGCAGGUAGUAUGUUGUCUGGUGGUCAAAAGAAACGUAUUGCCGUUGCUCGUGCCAUCUGUGCCAAACGUACAAUUAUGUUACUCGACGAAAUCACUGCCGAAUUGGAUCCAGAGUCGGAAGAAGCUAUCACUAAUUCAAUCAAGAAAUUGACUCGUGGUCAUACUGUUGUCAUUGUGGCCCACAAAAUAGCUGCUGUUCGUGAUUGUGACAAGAUCUUUGUUUUGGAAAAAGGUUGUCUAGUCGAACAAGGAACUCAUACCGAAUUGAUGGACAUGAAGGGUCGUUAUUGUAGAAUGUUUUCAAACCAUGAUUCAGAUCAACAAAUAGAUUUGGCUUUACCAUCAAUUGAUAAUAAUAAUAAUAAUAAUAAUAAUAAUAACAAUAAUAAUAAUAAUAAUUGA